AUGGCCGAGACUCAUAAAGCUGUGAAGGUCUUUCAAGAUGUCAAUGACGAAGAUGGUCGGUUGGAGAACCUAGGAUAUGAGCAGGAGCUGAAACGGUCGUUUGGGCUGUUGUCGAUGAUCGGGUUUAGCUUUAGCGUUGUCACAUCAUGGACCGCACUCAGUGGUGUGUUCAUUGUCGGGGUGACAUCGGGAGGUCCGCCGGUCAUGGUCUUUGCUUUCAUUGGAGUCAGUCUGCUCACUUUGGCUGUGGCGAUUCCUAUGGCCGAGAUGUGUUCCAUGUAUCCUGUCGCCGGAGGUCAAUACUCGUGGGUUGCCGCGCUCACGCCUCCCCGAUAUGCUCGAGGUCUGUCAUAUGCCACCGGGUGGUUUAUGCUCAUAGGUCUUCUCGCCAUGGGUGCCACGAACAAUUCCAUCUCGGCCAAUUUCAUUCUGGGCAUGGCAAAUGUGGUAUUCCCUAACUAUACCAUUGAGAGAUGGCACACUGUCCUGGUGGCCUAUCUGGUGGCUAUUCUCUCAGCUGGCGUCAACCUCUGGGGCUCUAGCCUGCUGCAUAAGAUCUCAAAAUUCAUGUUGAUUUGGAAUGUCGCCUCCUUCGUGAUUGUCACGGUGACUCUUCUCGCCAUGAACGAUCACAAACAACCCGCCUCCUUCGUGUUUCGCGACUUCCAAAACACAACGGGUUGGGGCACAGCCAUGGCCGCCAUUAUUGGAAUCUUACAGGCCUGCUUCGGAAUGUGUUGCUACGAUGCUCCGGCUCACAUGACGGAGGAGAUGAAGUCGGCUUCCAAGGAGGCCCCCAAAGCGAUCAUUCUCGCUGUAAUUUUGGGCGCCGUCACCGGGUUCGCUUUUCUACUCACUCUCUGCUUCUGUAUUGGAGACAUCACCGAGACUGCAGAAAGUAGCACGGGAGUCCCGGUCAUCCAGAUCUUCCAUGACUCGACUGGAAGCAAGGUCGCCACCUGUAUUCUCUCCAGCCUGAUUGGAGUGAUCGUGAUCAUUGCUGGCGUAAAUGUUCUUGCCGAGGGAUCUCGCUCUGCGUACGCCUUUGCUCGUGACCAUGGAUUGCCGUUUUCCAACGUGUUCAGCAAGGUAGACAAGAGGAGUCAGAUCCCCGUAAACGCUGUUCUCCUGACGUUGGCGGUGCAAUUGGCACUUGACGCCAUCGAGUUUGGCACCGCGACGGGGUUUGGAACCGUUAUCUCCAUCUCCACAGAAGGCUUCUAUCUCUCGUACGCCAUGGCUCUAUUCAGCCGUCUGGUGGGAUUCUUUUCAGGCCAUGUCACCAACCUCAAAGGCCCCUUUACACUAUCUCCGCCCGUGUCCAUCGGCUUGAACUGCAUCGGCCUGCUGUUCCUCCUCUUUGCCUCCAUCACAUUCAACUUUCCAGGCGUCUCGCCCGUCACCGAGCAGACGAUGAAUUACACCAGCGCUGCGGUAGGUCUCAUCUGUCUGGUCAGCGUAAUCACCUGGUUUACAACGGGUCAGAAAAACUUUUCCGGCCCUGGGGCCGUGAGCUCUUUCACCGGACAGAAGCGAGGGCCACAUGUUGCAGGGAACACCAGGUGA